GUUAGACGUUAUGGACAAGAUAAUUAGGCCAGUUUUCACUUUAGAAUUGAAUUACAAAAUUGUACCUGGCCUCACGACUAUUGGGAAAUACGAUGGAACGCAUCCGUGUCUGACUGCCGCCACCACAGCAGACAAGAUCUUGAUUCACAGUCCGCAUAGGAAGAGCGCGAUUGUAACUGGAAGAGUGGUCUGGUCGGAGAGCAACCGUGAAAUAGCCACACUCAAUAUAAAUCAAUCAAUAACGGCUUUGGCUGCUGGACCGCUAAUCCCGCAGGACGAUAAGGAUAUCUUAAUCGUCGGAACCCCGACGCACAUUUUAGCUUAUCACGUUCACGACAACAGAGAUAUUUUCUAUAAGGAAUGUCCGGAUGGUGUGAGGGCUCUAACUGUUGGCCUCUUCCACGACUCGAAGAGUCCCAUGGUCUUGUCAGGUGGUAACUCUACUGUUCAUGGGUACGACGCCGUGGGCAACGAGCUGUUCUGGCUUGCGAUCGGAGAUGCCGUUACAUCAUUGAUACUACAUGACUACAACAAAGAUCAAACGAACGAACUCAUUGUAAGUUCCGAGGAUUAUAACAUCAGAGUGUAUAAAGGUGAUCGUUUGUUGGCGGAGCAAACUGAAACGGAGGUGGUUACAGGACUUGCAGCACUACCUGACAACAGGUUCGCAUAUUCUGUUUCUAAUGGAACUGUCGGUGUCUACGAGCAGGACAUCAGAUUGUGGAGAGUCAAGUCUAAAAACUUCGCAAUUUCACUCUUUAGCUACGAUUUGCUAGGCCAAGGACAUUCACAGUUAAUCACCGGUUGGUCAAAUGGUAAAGUGGACUGCAGGUCGAUCAAAACUGGGGAAGUACUGUUUAAAGAUACGCUAGGACACGGAUGCGCCGGUAUCGUUGAAGGCGAUUACAGAUCGAUCGGAAAAGCCGAUCUGAUCUGCACUUCGAGCGAAGGAGAAGUACGUGGAUACACGACUACAAAAUCGUUAUCAACUACUCCAAGCUCAGGAUUGGAGCAGGACACAGUUCGAGACUUGUUGGCACAGAAGCAAGCGUUGCUUUUGGAAUUAAAACAUUACGAAAAUAAUUCCAAAGUUAACGAAGAAUUCGAUAGGAGGGAAGACAAUUUAGAGAGCAAUGGAGUUAUACCGGCAAAUACGCGUCUACAGAUCGCUAUAUCUGCGAACGACAACCCAAAAACUAAGAAUCAUGUCGAAAUAUUUAUAUUAACCAAUAACAAUACGGUAAUAAAAGCUGUAAUUGUAUUUGCCGAAGGAAUUUUCAAGGGCGAAACCCAUGUAGUCCAUCCUCAACAAUCUAAGCUGUCAACUGAACUUAGCGUACAGCUUUAUCCGCCUAAAGAUAAUCCAGUUGAUAUACAUAUCAAGGCUUUAGUUGGGUAUUCUGGUAGUAAUCAGUUUCACGUCUUCGAAAUAACCCGUCAAUUACCUAGGUUCUCGAUGUAUGCUCUCUGCGAAACCAAAGGCGCGCAGUGUGAUAGUUUCGUGGAGUUACGUAUAAGCGAACGUCUGCAGAGGAUGUGCAUGUGGAUCAAUCAGAAUUUUCUGUUGGCGCACGACAUCGAAUUCGAAACUGGGCCUGAACUGAAGAUCUGCUUAAAGUGCUUACGAGAUGACAGCUACCUGUCGCUUCUCUUUGACAUUUCCGGUCGCGUUGUCAUAAAAACGGAAAACAUUUCCUUAGCAGCUGAUCUUGUCCAGUCCUUGGCCAACUUCAAUAAUUUGGAAUCUUUGGAGACUAAAGUAAAUCUACCAAAAGAGGAAGAGAAGAUUCGUAUUUAUAUGGAGAAGCUGACGCAGAUCCAAGAAGCCCGAAUGAGAUUAGGAACCGAUGUCGCUGAUAGGUUAGGUCAGAUCCGUGGGUUGAUAGUCCGAGCCGAAGACAGCAGAGUUAAUUGCCUGAGCGAAAUGCCAAAGUAUUAUAAUGAACUCAAAGCCUUGAAUUCGGAGCUGACCAACGGAUACAACAUCCGCUUGGCCAAUUUCAACGAAGGACAGGAAACAAUGAAAAACAUCAAUUUCAUUCUACAGAAAGCGACGAGAUUAAGAGCUGGAGCUAAAUCCUCGAAAAUGAUCGGAUAUUGCCGGACUGCUAUUAAAAACAACAACAUCGACGGAUUGAUUAAGAUAAUCAGGACGGGGGAAUUGUGAAUGGAAUGGAAUCGUUUAAAAAUAAUAUAAUGUAUUUUACAAAAAAAAAAUCAACAAAAUAAAAUUAACUUAU